GUGCGUUUUAAGAAAACGACACUUCGUUAUCUAUCUUAUUGACUUUGUUUUCGUCAGGAGGAACAUUCCAUGUGACAGUAGCUCUCGCCCAUUCUUGCACAUAACGAUGCAUUCCGACAGCACGAAAACACCCGGGAAUGAACCACGAGACAGGAAAAGCACGAAACCCAUGAUGGAGAAGAGGCGAAGGGCGAGAAUCAACGCCUCAUUGGCUGAACUGAAGUCUCUUUUGUUGGAAGCAAUAAAAAAAGAAGGAGCACGACACAGCAAAAUGGAGAAAGCUGACAUCCUUGAAAUGACAGUGAAGCAUCUGAGACAAAUGCAAAGACAUCAUUUUACAGUUGCAGCGGCAGAUGAUCCGUCCAUCAUGAACAAGUAUCGCCUCGGAUUUAACGAGUGUUCACUAGAGGUACAGCGCUACCUGACGUCAGUUGAAGACAUGAAUACUGACGUCAAGACCAAGUUGCUGGAUCACAUUGCCUGCUACCUGGCCGGAAUAGAAACGUCGGAUACCGCCAAUACUACAGAAACGCCAUCACUAACGUCAUCACCACCACCACACACACCGUGUUGUAAACAGGAAAUACAAUCAAGGACAACGUCGCCGCCUAGAGUAAAUAUGCAGGUGUCUUCAGUUGCUACCGACGUGAACAACAACGCUCCCGCCAUGCCGUCAUUGGAGUCCAUAAAAUCAGAAACUAUGUUCAGUGGACUUCAGGUUAUUCCAACGCAGCUAUCAUCCGGCGAAAUUGCCUUUGUGUUGCCCGCCAAUGUAUUCAGACAAUGUCAGACGCCUAACUAUGUGAUACCCGUAUAUGCAGGAACGUCUCCAAAAACGUCUGUAUCAGUACCGUCAGUGACAAACGCGACCCAUUAUUCAUCCGAAUCUCAUCAUUCACACGCAGUUCAUAGAAUGACCAACACACAAACUGUACCUGCCGACAGGAGUUAUCUCCCUUGUGCGGCCGUGACCCCUGUCAAGACAAUAUAUGACAAACAAGAGACUGAUGAUUCUGUGGCCAAGAAGGCAACUAUUGGUGUCCAUGUGUGUAGAAACUUACCCCAGAACGUUGAACAUGUGUGCGACGAGGCAGUCUGGCGACCAUGGUAGAUAGAAACAACUCCACGAGUUUCCAUGUGUUCCAUGUUACCGUUGUUUGAAAGGGAUACGAGCUAACAAAUACCUGUGCAGCAAGCUUCGUGGACAAUUUCUGACGCUGUGAACUCACGGUUUUACAACACGUCGUGGCAGGAGUCCACAUACAGACCACGUUUAUAGCAAAGUUUAUUGAAAUAUGAAAACCAAAUUAUGUGCUAAAGGACACGUAUUGCACUGUUGUACGACAUAAAUGAUUAACAGUUGCACCCGAAUAAAGAAUAUAUAUGUUUA